AUGGUUCGCGAAGUGGAAAAUUUGGAGGAUUUCAACAAAAUCCUGAAGGAAGCUGGGGAGAAGCUGGUGGUGGUGGACUUCACGGCUACUUGGUGUGGCCCCUGCAAACAGAUCGGCCCAAAAUUUGAAGAUCUGUCAAAACAGCCAGAAAACAGCAACGUGGUUUUCCUGAAGGUGGACGUGGAUGAAGCUGAGCCCUUAUGGGAUUAG